GCCGCCAUUUUUGUGCAGGGCAGAAAGGCCCUGAGGGGAAGAUGAUGACAGCCGGCCCGGCUUGCGACUGAGGCGGAAAGAGGUGCCAUGCCUCUGGUCGUGCUCUGCGGGCUGCCGGGGAGCGGCAAGACCCGGCGCGCCGAAGAGCUGAAGGCGGCGCUGAGCGCCGAGGAGGCCUCAGAGCGGCGGGUCUUCGUGGUGGCCGAGGCCGACUUGGGCACCGGCGGCGGAGACGGCGUCGCCCGGGCUGCUCUGAGGGCGGAGGCCGAGCGCCUGCUGAGCCGCCGCGACGUGGUUCUGGUGGACUCGGGCGCCGAGCUGAAGAGCUUCCGCUACGAGCUCUACUGCCUCAGCAAGCACGCGGGGACGCCGCACUGCGUGCUCCUGUGCCCGGGAGGCGCCGCCCGCCCGGACCGGCCUCCCUUGGAGCCGCCGGACUCGCGCCACCGCUGGGACUGGCCGCUCUUCGUGGCGCCCGACGACCUCGCCGAGCCCCUGCCUUGGCCCGAGAUCCGCGCCGCCCUCUUCGAGCGCCGCCCGCCGCCGCCCAACCAGUCCACGCGCUCGCAGCCCCUGCAGGCCGCCGGCUUCCUGCACCGCCUCGACCGCCUCACGCAGGACGUGCUGGCUGCCCUCAUGGCCGCCCAGAGGAACGGAGCCCAGCCGGGGCAGUUCGUGCCGCUCGUGGUGGACGGGCUGUCGCAGGCAGGCGGAGGGGAGCCUCCGGGGCUGCUGCUGACCCGGCCCGUCAGCCUGGCGGAGCUGAGCCGGCUCCGGAGGCAGUUCCUCAGCUACGCCAAGAUGCACCCGGGAGAAGGCGAAGGCGACCUGCCGCAGCUUGGAGGCAUGUUCCUGCAGUACCUGGGCCGCAACCUCCAGUGAGGAGGAGGGGCUGGAAGCCGUCGACUCGAAAGGAAAGCAAGCCCGAGGGGGACGGAGCAGGAACGCCGUGGGAUUUGGGGGGGGGGGGCGACCGCCCGCUGUGCACGUGCAGUACACAAGACCCGAAAGAGCCUCCCCGACCAUGAAGGGAGCUUGUCAGCUGCUGGAGCUUUUGGCCCUGGGUCGUCUUUGCCGUCUAAACUCGAGAGAGGAAUGCACCUCCUGCCUAUCAUUUUAAGUGUGUCGAACUGGUCCGAAACCGAUCUUGGCAAAAGGGGUUCAGGAUUAUUGUAAAUAAAUGAGUUUUUCCUCUCCGCAA